UUUUCCAUCCUUUUCUUUGGAGUUGCUGAGUGUUUUCUCUUGGCUGCCAUGUCCCUUGAUGGUUAUUUUGCAGUUUGCUGCCCCUUGCAUUACACAAUUAUCAUGAGCAGCAGGGUCUGCAGAAGCCUGGUUGUUGGAGCUUACAUCUGUGGAACUGCUGUGGGCUUAGUUCACACCCUCAUCACCUUCAGCUCACCCUUGUGUGGUUGUGCCAUUGACCAUUUCUUCUGUGAGAUUCAGCCUCUCCUGGACGUGCUCUGUGGCAACACUCUCCCAAGUGAAAUCCAGGUCAUUGUGGUGGCUGUCUUUGCUAUUCUGAGUCCUUUCUCACUGGUCAUUUAUUCCUGUAUUCCUAUCGUUUCCACAAUUCUUCACAUGGCAUCAGCUGAGAGCCAGGAGAAGGCCUUUUCCACUUGCUCCUCACAGCUCCUGGUUGUGACUGUUUUUUAUGGCACUGCAGGCUCCAUGUACCUGCGGCCAAAAUACAGCUACUGUGCAUCUGUGGAUAAAUUCCUCUCCCUUUCUUAUUCUCUGGUGACUCCUUUAUUGAAUCCCAUCAUUUGCAGUUUGAGGAAUAAGGAGGUGAAAGGAGCCCUGAAAAAAAAAUGG